AUGACUACAGCAAUAGAACAAUCAAUAGAACCAGGACCAAUUGAAUUCAAAGACUAUGUGAUCAUUGCAAACAAGCUACCUCAUCCAAUAGUAGCAUUUCUAAAUACAGAGGGACCGCCUCUAGAGUUUGUCGAUGGCGGUACUACACUACUGAACCCAUCCUCUGAUAAACAAGCAAUCAAACAAUUGGAACAAGGAUAUCUUCCACACUCUUCACGUUUCUACGUUGGCAAGGGGAAAGGAUACACUCAAAUAUUUGUACCCACCGGUGAAGGUGCCACCAAAAACUAUCUGCUCAUUGCAAACAGAACAAUCGAUGCAGGCUACAAAUUCACAGUUCUUCAAACACACUUGGACGUAAUGCUACAAACAAAUGAUCGACGUUAUGACAAGGAUUUUCAACCAAUAGCUCUUUUAAAUUAUAAUACUGGUGGUGGUUCGACGCAGCCCAAAACAACAACAACAACUCCGUUCAACCCACAAGACUAUAAAGAAAUUCAACAAAUCAUUUCAAAUGAUCCAACCCCUACCCUUGCACGUACACCAGCAUCCAGUGGACAUCAAUUAAUAUGUAAUAAUAAUAAUAAUAAUAAUAAUAAUAAUAAUAAUAAUAAUAGAGUUCCUAUUAAUUUGAUUCAAAACUAUUUACCACAUCCUAUUAAAAUCUUUGUCAGUACUGAGUGUGUUGGUGAGGAGAUUUGGAAUGAUCUGAAAACUUGUGUUGUAAAGGUGAGAUAUAUACAAAAGAGAGAGAGAGAGAGAAUGGAACCAGAAACAUCAAUCACAACAGGAGGAAAUUCUAUUCCGAAUAAAUUGAUAGUCAAAAACUAUUUACCACAUUCUGUACGUCUCUUUGUCUGUACUGAGCGGGUACCACUUAAAAUCGCUCUCGAUGGUACUAUUUCCAAUGAUCAGGAUACUACAACAGAUUCACAAAACAUCGCAAGCAGAGAUCCAGAUCCAACUAUCAAACCAAGAUCAGGAGAGUUCUUGAUUGGUACGACCAAAGAGUAUGCGCAUUUGCAAGCAUUUGUUUCAUUCAACGGCGGCUACAUUCACUUGCUUACGAGAAGAUUAGAGUCUGGAAUCACUUUCUCCAUUCUUAGCAAGCAUUUCAAUGCCGUCAUGCAGAGUCCUUACCACCUUUACAACAACAUAUUUCAGAUCAUUAUACCAAAUGUCACACCCUUGCUCACCAACACAUUAACACCAUAUGUUGAUGAACCUGAUCAAGAUCAACAAAAACAUUAA